CAUGUUGGAGCUGAGCUCUCUGCUGCGUGCGUCUUGGCAGCUUCCACCAGGAAGGGCCCCCUCCCCUACGGCAUGAUCACCAUCACAGAACUGCAGAAGAUUGGUGUGGGCACCGCUGGCUUCGGCCUCUUCUUCAUCCUCCUGGGAAUACUCCUAUACUUUGACUCUGUGCUUCUUGCCUUCGGAAACCUGUUGUUCCUGGCCGGCCUCUCCCUCAUCAUCGGCCUGAGGAAGACUUGCUUUUUCUUCUUCCAGUGGCACAAGCUCAAGGCCACCAGCUUCUUCCUGGGGGGUGUGGCCAUGGUGCUUCUACGCUGGCCCCUCCUGGGCAUGAUCCUAGAAGCAUAUGGAUUCAUCAAUCUCUUCAAGGGCUUUUUCCCUGUGGCCUUCGGCUUCCUGGGCAAUGCCUUUGACAUCCCCUACCUGAGUGCGCUGUUCCGGAGGCUCCAGGGCGGCAGCAGUUCCAUGGUCUGAAGAGCAAAGAUGAACCAGCUCCUUGAAUUGGGUCCUCACUGAGGGGCCGGGGGGAAGGGCGCCUCUGCACUGACUCAUCCCUUUCCUCUGAAAUAGCUGUUGCCUAGAGAUGGAAGGACAGAAUCAAGGGACUCAUGGCGCUCCCUCUGCUCCCUCCCAAUCAACCCUUGAGGCUGCCUGGACUGUGGGAAGCGGA